UUCUUGUUCAAUGUCAACUCGGACACUGACGAAAGACAGGCAGCGGCAGUGGCAGUAGCGAUAUGCAGAGACAACUGCGGUUGUUGACCAAUCGCGUGUAAUUGCCGUGGCCAAUUGGGAUUUUCGGACUCGAACUCAGUGCCCUUCUCCUUCUCCUUCGCCUCCCACCCCUGGUCAAAGUGCCUCUCAGCAUCGCUUCCCAUCACACCUCGCACAUCAUCUGUUUAUGUUGCAUUCAUUUAUCAUACAAUUUGCUCAAAGGAUCAGUCAUCGCUUCUCUCCCCGAUGACUAAAUGCGGUUUUCUUGUCAUUUCAUGGAUCACCGUCUUACUUUUUCGUGCCCUGCUUAGUGGGAGAUCAUUAGUUCGAAAGUCAAUCCAGGCUAUUGAGUACAUGAAAAUGAAUUGUGGAAAAAAAUCUCUAUUUAAAGUAAUAGUUAUAGGGGAGGAGGGUGUCGGAAAAACAUCACUUGUGAGACGGUAUGUAGAGGGUCGCUUCAGCAUAAGAGAAAGGAACACAAUCGGACUCAACCUUUCUACAAAAGAGGUGCGGGUCGAUGAUCGCGCGGUCACACUCCAGAUCUGGGACACAGCGGGUCAAGAACGCUUUUUAUGUCUAAGUAGCUGCUUCUACAGAGGUGUAGACUGCUGUGUGCUGGUUUUUGAUAUUACGUCACUCGACUCCUUCAAAUCACUCGGCAUGUGGCGCGACCAGUUUCUUAUAAAAGCCGAUCCUCGCGAUCCUGUAAAUUUCCCCUUUAUAGUUCUGGGCAACAAGGUAGAUCUCGACAACAGCCAUGUGCCCAAUAAUCGAGUGAAAGAAUGGUGCCAACGGAAUAAUAACAUAUCCUACUAUGAAACGUCUGCAAAGGAAGGCACUAACUUGCAUUUGGCAUUUAAAGCUUUAUCUACGAAGGCAUUAAAGAGGGAAGCAGAUUCGAACGAUGUGCCGGGCAUUCCUAAUACGAUAAUUUUGAAAUCACGAGCUAAUGACCAAAAAAAAUCAAAAAAGUGUGAGUGUUAAUGUAAUAACAACGGAUCGUAAAUAAAUUUAUCUCCAUCGUAAAAUAUACU